AUGCUUUCUCCCGCAAAGCACAGCAAGGACGAAAUAAUAAGAGACAACGAAGGCUUCAUCGAAGGAGUGAUGGAAACGGAUAAAAGUGAAGCGGUAGGUAACGAACCAAAAUGCGAAGACCAAAAUCAGGAAGAUGAUGAUAUGGUAUCCAACGUGGAGCACGAUGACCUUUCGGAGACGGAAGAAAGUGAAGAGGAGCCUAAAGAACAAGGACAAGAGGAGCGCGAGUUGAAUGAUGGAGAGCUGGGUCGCAACAAUAUUCCCGAUGAUAUUCCUUGA